AAACAAAUAAAAUCGUAACUUAUGUGUUAUUACUUCAUUUGCAUUGCCCACUUUGUUUUUGCUUUUAUGGCUUUGCACCUUCCUCUCUUCUUCUCUUCCUUUAAUUUCCAAUGCACAAACAAAAGUGAAACAUCACUUCAACUCCUAACAUUCUUUCUUACCCCUCUCUAAAUCCCUUUACUUCUCUCCUUUUUUUUUUUUUUUUUUUUAUUUUUCUUCUACAAGCUGUUAACGAAAAUUUUUUUAGUUUUUUUUUUUUUUUUUUUUUUUCUUUGUGUGUGUGUUGAUGGAUUUUUUUUUUUUUUUGUGUUGUGUGAUGUUUGAUGAUUUUGUUGAUUUGUUUUGUUAGUUUUGAGUGUUGAAUUUUGCAUUUUUGAAGUUUUUUUAAAAUUGGUUUUGUUGUGAAUUCUUGUGAAAUAUGGUUCUUGAUUUGGAUUGUGGAGAGGUUUGUAUGGAGAUAGAUAGAUAGAGGGUAGAUCAGAAAGUAUGAGAAAAUCAAAUGGGUGUUUUUCAUAAAGAAGUAAAGGUGAAAUUUUUAAUAGUAAUCAGUACAAAAGAUGAAUUCCGAGGAAUAUUUUGUUAAUCAGUUAGAUUUUGAUCAUUGAUUUUGGAUUCAAUUGGAGUAGUUGUUGUUUCAAGAAUCUGCUAAAUGGGGAUAUUUGAAGACAUGGGCUUUUCUGGAAAUUUUGAUUUGCUGUCUGAUCCUCUGGGAUGUGGAGGAGAUGUGGCACAAGAAGUUGAACAUAAGUCGGUAGGGUUGAUGGAGGAGGAUGACUACAGUGAUGAGGAGAUGGAUGUGGAUGAGCUAGAGAGGAGGAUGUGGAGGGAUCGAAUGCUCAUGAGGCGUCUGAAAGAGAAGAUCAAGAACAAAGAGGUAGGCGAUGGAGCUAAGCAGCGCCAAUCACAGGAGCAGGCUCGUAGAAAGAAGAUGUCUCGUGCGCAAGAUGGUAUACUGAAGUAUAUGCUCAAGAUGAUGGAGGUUUGUAAUGCUCAGGGUUUUGUUUACGGAAUCAUCCCUGAGAAAGGGAAGCCUGUGACUGGUGCAUCUGACAAUCUUCGUGCUUGGUGGAAGGAAAAGGUUAGAUUUGAUCGGAAUGGCCCUGCUGCCAUCGCCAAGUAUCAGGCUGAUAAUCAGAUUCCUGGGAGGGUUGAGGAAUCGAGUGUGAUUGUUUCGACUCCCCAUACGUUACAAGAGCUGCAGGAUACAACGUUGGGAUCCCUUUUGUCUGCAUUGAUGCAGCACUGUGAUCCUCCACAGAGGCGAUUUCCCUUGGAGAAGGGGGUAGCUCCACCGUGGUGGCCUUCUGGUAAAGAGGACUGGUGGGGUCAGCUUGGUCUUCCAAAUGAUCAAAUUCAACCUCCAUACAAGAAGCCUCACGAUCUGAAGAAAGCCUGGAAAGUUGGCGUUCUAACGGCAGUGAUCAAACACAUCUCUCCUGACAUUGCUAAGAUUCGCAAACUUGUUCGUCAGUCAAAGUGUCUGCAGGACAAGAUGACAGCUAAGGAGAGUGCUACUUGGCUUGCUAUUAUCAAUCAAGAAGAGGCUUUGGCUCGUAAGCUGUAUCCUCAUAUCUAUCCACAGGGCUCUUUAGCUGUUGGUAAUGGUUCCGUUUUCAUCAGCGAUGCCAGUGAUUAUGACGUGGAAGGAGUGGAGGACGAGAGAAACAAUGAAGUGGAAUGUAAACCCCAUGAUAUCAAUCUCCAAACUGGAAUUAUGGUACCUAAAGAUGGGAUCUUGAUGCCAGCUUUUGCUCCAGUGAAAGGAGAAAUUAUUGAUCUAACUUCAGAUUUUACCCAAAAGAGGAAGCAACCAUAUUUUGAGGAGUCUGUCGAUCAAAAGAUAUAUACUUGUGAGUACCUUCACUGCCCAUACAACAAUUACCAAGCUGGAUUCCAUGACAGGACUACGAGAAAUAACCACCAAAUUAUUUGUCCAUUCCGGUUCAAUUCUGCUCAAACACUCGGUACGCCAAACUAUCAGAUCAACAAUGAGAAUAAUAGGGGUUUUCCUGCUCAAAUAGCUCCUCCCAAGACUGCUGUCUCGUCAGUCACAGCUUCCUCGUCGAUGAGUUUCUCCGGGCUUCGACUCCCUGAAGAUGAUCAUAGGAUGAUAUCAGACCUCAUAACAUCUUACGACAGCAACUUCCAGCACAAUGGUAGCAUCUGUUCUGGGAAUUCUGAGAUCCUAGUGAAUCAAAACAUGCAGCAGCAACAAUCAGUUGAAGUUCCUAUGGAUGACAACUUCAACCUGGGGCAUAUGGAGACAGCAGCUCAAGGAAACAGCAUGCCUGUGAAUUCUGCUUAUCGUUCGACACAGUUUCAAUAUGAUCAAUGCAAAUUGCCCUUUGAUGCCCCGCUCACUGGAAACUUGAACGAUAUUACUGAUUUCAGAUUUGGUUCGCCUUUCAACUUGGGAGGAAACGAUUAUUCCAUGGAUGAGCUGACAAAGCAAGAUAUAUCCACAUGGUACCUCUGAACUAGCAUUAAAGUGUGUUGUUCUCUCUAUAUGAAGGCUUGAUAGGUUGUAUAUAUUUAGAUAAGUGAUCAAAUGUUCUGUCCUUUAUAUACCGGUAUUGUAGUUUCUUUGCGACUUUGUUUAUGUUUUGAUGGUUGUAACUUACAACUUGUAAGUGCCAAACACAGUACUAUCCUUAUGCAAUUAUGUUUUGAACUCUUA